GUGCAGCAAGAUGGCGGACCAGAUGUCACAGCUGGAAUGCAGCAUCGAGACCAUCAUCAACAUCUUCCACCAGUACUCUGUGCGGCUGCAGCACCCGGACAAACUCAACCAGAAAGAACUGAAACAGCUCGUGAAAAAGGAGCUGCCAAACUUCCUCAAGAGGCAGAAGAAGAAUGACUAUGCCAUAAACAAGAUCAUGGAGGACCUGGACACAAAUGGAGACAAGGAGCUGGACUUCGAGGAGUUCUCCAUCCUAGUGGGUAGGCUGACGUUAGCCUCCCACGAAGAGAUGCACAAAACCGCCCCUGAAGGAGAAGGCCACAGCCACGGGCCAGGCUUUGGGGAAGGUGGCCAGGACCACUGCCAUAGCCACGGUGGCCACAGCCAUGGUGGCCACGGCCACGGCCACAGCCACUAAUCGGGAGGC